AUGGUGAGAGUGGCAGUGGCACAAAAAACACACACACACCAAUUGGGUGUAGAAAUUGCAGUGUCUGAUGAUGGAAACCAGUCACUAGAGGAAUGGGCUUUGGUUGAAAGAAACUCGAGCAAUAAACUGCAGGAUGAAUCUGAAGUAGUUGGACUAGCACUGAUCAAGGUUUUGGAGAAGAGGUGGACAAGGAUAAAGAUUACUGUCAAAGGAAAGCAACUGUUCUCCCUAAUCCAGAGAGGUGCUGCCAAAGACAUAAAGGUCUUGCUAAAUUGUUUCACAUUCAGGAGUCCGUUAGUGGAAGUUGUUGCCAUCAUGAAGAAUAAAGUGCUUAGUCCAACAGAGCGUCUAGUUGGAUUUGCAAUUCUCCACCAGGCAUAUUCUUCCCAGCAGACUAGUUUCAACCCACUUAUUUCUGUGCUUCUGGAUGCAGCAUCCAAUGAAGAAGCUGAAAUAUUUGAAAGAGGUUUUAUUCUUCAAUUGUUAGGCUCCACCAGCUCUACAAAUACGGCAGAGUUCCUGAAAUUGUCUGCUGCAGACUACAUAAGAAACUUUGAUCCUUCAUCACAUACUUUUCCUCCUAGAGAGCAGCUGCAGCAGCAGUAUUGUAGUGAAGUUGGUCCAGAGUUGGUAGGUAGCUUGUUCAGGAAUCGUGUGAUGAAUAUCUUACCAGAUCCUGAUGUUCCACAAGGCUGUGAUAUCAAUUCGACAGAGUUUGACCUGCAAGCUGGAGUCACACCCAAGAUUGGAUCUGGGGCUAGAGACGGGACUGUAAGCGGAUUGCUGCAAAAUUUAUCAUUGCAAGGAUUAGGUCCUCAAUGGGUCAGACCACAUCCACCGAGGCUUCCGUUGCUGGAGCGAGAACUGGUGUGGUUAAAUCCGGAUAAUACUCAUGAGCUGAUGUGGGAUGGUGGGAUGUGUACAGGUUCAACUGUUGAGCAUUUGAUUGCUAAAAGUUUGGAGGGGCCUCUUGAACCUGCUGAAGAAGAGCAAGUCUUAUUGGGGUUGGGAGAUGAGCCAGGAAGAAAGCUGCCAGAAGAAAUUCUGCCAGUACUGGUGAAAAAUAAUCCUAACCUCGCUGCUGAAGUUCUCAUUAAGCUUCGAGAUUCUACUAAAAUUUUGAAGUAUUUUAGUUUCCUUUUUUCUAUGGAUAUGGACUUUAACUUGAUAGAAGUGGUUAACAAGCUUAAUAAAGCUGUUGAACUUCAACCCGAUUUAGCAAAGAUGUGGAUAGUUCUUUGUUCAAUUAACUGGGAUACUCGAUUACCUAAGGAUGGUAAUCCUCGAAAAGCAUUUCACCUUCUCUUCAAGCUUGCAGAAUUUCCUCGCAUGAAAGAGAAAUUGACCGGGCGUGUUAAGUUAGAUUUGAUCGAUAGGCUUUUGGUACAUUUUACACCCACACCUGAAUUCAUUCAGCAUUUCAUAAAAUGCUGUAUCCCAUCUGAACCCAUGAAUACGAGUCAUCAAGCGAGUUUGGUACUGUACUUCUUGAAGGCACUGAUCGCGAAAGACAUCAUCAAGGGUGGAGGGAGCUUCUUCCAAGCUUCUUUCAUGAGGGUUGUAGCUGGGUUUAUGUGGUCCAGAAAACCUGAGGGCCUCAUGUCAGGGACUUCUUGA